AUGAUUACAGGUGACAAAGCAGCACAGGAGAAGGCCAGAAAGAUGAUCGCUAUCAUCAAGAACCCUGUUUUCUGGCAGAAACUAACAUUCAAGCACUAUCUGGAGCCACUUGCAAUUGCUGCCAACAUUACACAGGCCUCCUUCUGUCAUCUCGAUCAGGUUCUAAUUACAUUUGGCUACCUCCUCAAGGUGUACCUAAACAUGAAUGAGGAUCCCAUGGGGCACGACACAAUUAUUACAAGCUUAGAGCUGCGAUGGAGCAAAGCAGAUCAAGAACUCUUCAUCAGUGCCAUUGUUAUCAACCCCUUCUAUUGCUCCCUGCCAUUCUCAGAAAAUGCCUCCUUCAUGACCGUCACCAGGCUUGAGAGCCUACUCAGCCGUUUAUGGAUGCGUCUAAAUAAAUCUUUGACACCUCCACCGACAGAGUUCACAAAGCAUGCGCAUGAGUUCCUCACAGAAACUGGACACUUCCAAACAGUGGGGCAUGAUGCUGAUCAGGAGAUAAGGCUCGCUCGGGAUGAACCAUCCUUUCUGAAGAGACGCCAACCCGACCCUAUUAAAGUGCUUGAAGGAUUUUGCCUUCCGCACUGCACCCCACCAAUUUUCAUCACUUUCUGUCAUCAACUUCUUUCAGUUUCCGCCAAUUUGGCCUCAUGUGAACACCUUUUCAGUAUUUUUGGCAACAUUUUGACAAAGCUCCGGACACGUCUCUCAAAGCAAACACUCAUAGACUUGAGUGAGGUGAAAAUGGAUGUCUGCAAUGUUUAUAUUCGAUGUUUGGAUAAGGUCAAAACCCACCUGAAACGACACUUUGGUCCUCAGCCCCCAGUACCUGCAGCCCAGAACCCAGAGCAACCGCACUACAUCAGCACUGGACCUCCGCAUGUUACACCCUCAAUGACGAUAUCUGGGCCCUCGAGUUCCUCUAUCCCCAUUGACCCAAUCCUGAUGUCAACACAUAACAUCUCAUCACCAUCUCCUGCCCCUUCUGUUGGAACUUCUGAGCCCCAUGCCCCAGGCCAAGCCCCCAAUGUACCCAGUCCGACCAGUCAUAAUCGUGCCUUCAGAGACAUCGUCAAUCGACACACUCAGCAGGUGGAAGAAGAUAACACUGAUAACGAGCCAGUCAGGGUCUCAAACGCGAUUGGGCAGACAGCCCUGUCUGUCUUGUUCAAUAUGCAAUUGCCUUACUGGGUUGAACGAUAUGAACAUUUUGCGCGAUUGUCCUAUGACGACGAACUGGAGCUUUAUAAUCUUCUGGACCUUGAUGCAGAUGGCAAGGAUGAGUUGGACAACACAACACAGGAGAUUUUGGCAAAUAUCAAUGUAUCAGAUCUUUUGUAA